AUGCUAAGGGUAACAAUAUUAUUGCUGACAUUUUUCCAGCCUCUACUUGCAGCUGGGGAUAAGUCGAUGUUUUGGACUCAAGCUGUAAGAUCGGACAAUCCACCGGACUUGUACACGUCUAAAACAGAUGUCGCCUAUCCUUUUCGAUGGGCGAACGGCCAUCGACUUUCUUUUAGAAACUUCGCAAAAGAUAGGCCAAAUAACGUGGCUCCUUAUGACGAACCUCGCUUGUUCAUUGCCGUGAAAUAUGUAGAUGACGAUCUCGUUUGGUACGAUUCCGUUUAUUCGGGAGAAUACAAGUACAUAUGCCAGAAUGAAGGGGCCUCUACAGCGAAUGCCCCACCGGAACCUAAAAACGAGUACGGAUUCCAGCUAACAGGCGAAAUGAAAAACAAUUUUGAUGAUGUCAUGGGAGAAUGUAAGAACAACAAACAAAAACCCAUCAAGCUGGACAGUGAAGAGAAAUCGAAUGCUGUACGUGAUCUUUGCAAAGCCAAUGAUAAUAGAAUUCCAUACUAUCUUGCUAUGAAAAGAGAGAAAGGAAAAUCAGCAUACAAAUGGCUGGAUGGCGAUGAUGUAAAAAAUGCCAAUUGGGCUCCUAAUCAACCGAGUAAAGAUGACAAGGAGCAAUGUGCUGUGUUCUACUGGGAACCCACGCAAAAUACCAUAUUAUGGGCAUCGAGCGCUUGCAACACGGCCCGUCGUGUUGCCUGCCAGAAAGCCUAA